GCGAUGUCCGCUUGGCUCUUGAAGAGACAGAGACGGAGAGAAACACAGAGAGAGAGUGCCGAAAAGCAACUGGAAAGACCGAGCGUCCACCAUGGGGGACCUGGGCGCCUACAUCCGACACAUUGAGCUUCUGGGCUUCGAGAAGAGGUUUUUCCCAAGUCAACACUACGUUUACAUGUUUCUGGUGAAAUGGCACGAUCUCACGGAAAAAGUCGUCUAUCGGAAGUUCACCGAGAUAUACGAGUUCCACAAAACCUUGAAGCAGAUGUUUCCAAUUGAAUCUGGCGAUAUUAAUGUCGAGAAUCGGAUCAUUCCACACUUACCAGCACCAAAGUGGUUUGACAGCCAGCGAUCCACCCAAAACAGACAAAACACACUCUCUGAGUACUUCUCUGCCCUGAUCAACCUUCCACGAAAGAUCUCCCGGUGUGAACACAUCCUGUCUUUCUUCAAAGUCAGACCAGAUGAUCUGAAUCCCCCCACCGCAGGCCAAGUCAAGAGGCCAGAAACCUAUUUAAUGCCAAAGGACUCCAAGAAGAUUGCAGAAGAUAUCACAGGGCCCAUCAUUCUGCAGACCUACCGAGCAAUUGCGGACUAUGAGAAGAGCUCCAGCACUGAGAUGGGGGUCAAGGCAGGGGACACCGUGGAUGUCGUGGAGAAGAGCGAGAUCGGCUGGUGGUUCUGUCAGCAAAAGAACAAACGGGGCUGGGUCCCUGCUGCCUACAUGGAACCUAUGGAUGGACCUGAUGAGUCCGAAGAACAGGAGCCCAAUUAUGCGGGUGAGCUUCACGUCGUCCGCAGAGGCUACAUGGCUGCCCAGGAGGACGAGAUCUCACUGAAGGAAGGGGAAACCAUUGAAGUGAUCCACAAAUUGCUGGACGGGUGGUGGGUCGUCAGGAAGGACGAGGCCACGGGCUACUACCCCUCCAUGUACCUGCAGAAAGCGGGUGAAGAGAAGACCCCCGAGAACAACAACCACCUGAGGAACAAAGUGGCCCCUCCACGAAGAUCCACCAUCCGAAACAUCAAGAGCAUCCACAACCAGAACCGCAAGCAGAUCAGCCAGGAGACAUACCGGCGAAACAGCGUGAAAUACAUGCAGAGCAGAAAGAAGCUGAGAGGCAACAACCUCCUCAACAAAGGCAGCGCAAUCUUGGAGAAGGACGAGCGGGAAGAGAAGGCAUCCAAAGCCCAGCCCGCCAUCCCUCCGCGGCCCAGCAAAGACUUGAUCCUGACCCGAUGCUCCGAGAGCACAAAGAGCAAAAUCAAGUGAGGAAGACAGGCCUCCGCGGACCGCAUCACUGGGACUUCCUUUGCAAAGCACCCGCCGGCCAUUCAGUGACUGUUGAGGCUCGGCGUUCAAAUAGAAAUAUUAAGGAAAAAAAGUUAAUAAAAAUAGUCACAAAAAUAGUUGUGAAAAUAUUCACAGAAAUAUUCACAGAAAAUAAUCAUUAAAAUAUUCACUAAAAUAUUCACAGUAAUAUUCUGAAAAAAAUAUUCAGAGAAUGAUAAAAAUAUUUGCAGAAAUAUUCGCAGAAACUUUCUGAAAAAAUGUUAAUUAAAAAUAGUCAUAGAAAUAGUUGCGAAAAUAUUUAUGGAAAUAUUCACAGAAAACAAUCAUU